UUAAACAACAAAAAAUAAAAACAAACAAAUAACGUUCAGCAUCAUCUCUUCCUCUGGGAACGCGGUGCAUUCUGCACUUGAACAUAUUUAUGAAACGUUGUGGUUGCGUUUCGAUGAAAUUUUUUUUUUUUUUGGAAACCAUUGUGACAACUUUAUUUAGCAUCAACGGAAUCUGAAAAAGUGCAAUUUACCGUAAAGGAAAUCUACGGAAAACAGUCAAAAGAAAAUAGAAAAGGAAAAAAAACAGACGAAACAUUUCUCCAUCCAUCAAAAGAGAAUCGCUUAAAUCCAUUAUGGAACACAUUAUGAAUCCAUUCAUGCCGCCCGCUUAUCUACUUGGCCAUGCUGCUGGCCCACAUGGACAUGUCCAUGUUCACGGUCAUGCCGGUCAUCCGUCGCAUCCGUCACAUGGCGGCAGUGCGACCAAUUCACCAGCCAGUUCGCCUGGAGGCCAUUCUGGUGGUCAGUCGACGGGUCAAUCAUCAUCAAAGCCAAAACGCUGGGGCUCCCCGCCCAUCAAUUUGGCCGGACAAUUCAUCAAUCCAGCCACCGGCAAGAAACGCGUACAAUGCUCCAUCUGCUUCAAGACCUUCUGCGAUAAGGGCGCCCUCAAGAUACAUUUCUCGGCCGUGCAUCUGCGUGAGAUGCACAAGUGCACGGUGGAGGGCUGCAACAUGGUGUUCAGUUCUCGUCGCUCGCGUAAUCGUCACAGUGCCAAUCCGAAUCCCAAGCUCCAUUCGCCGCAUAUCCGUCGCAAGAUCUCGCCCCACGAUGGCCGGACGGCGCAACAGUUUCCCGUAUUUCCGGGCACCGCCGCCCGUUUGCCGGCUGCGUUUCCGGGUCUAGUGCCACCACCGCCACCACAUCACUCGCAUCAUCAUCCGGGAGUGGCAUACAAUCCGGCGGCAGCUGCCGUUAUGUUUGGCAAUCGGGCGGCUGGUCUACACAAUCUUGGACUGCUCACUGGGCGCCAUGAGGCGGCCUACAAUGAAACCGAAACCGACGAUAUCGAUGGAGACGUAGAUGCCGAUGGCGAGAACGAUGUCGAUGCCGAUGGUGAGGAUGAUGGGGUCUAUGUUUAUGUGGAUAUGCCUGCUCAUAGCUCAAGUCCAGCUGCCAGCUCCAGUCAGGGUUGCCUCAGUGAGAUGGAUCCAACGGAUGGGGUCGACGAUGCCGACGAGGAGAUGCAUUGCAGCUUUAGUCAGACCAGCAGCAGCAGUCUCUGUGAGGAACGCUCUGAUCAGCCACUCGACUUUAGCCUGCACAAGCGACGUGAUCGUGGUUUGGAACCAGAACCAGAACCAGAACGCGAACAGGAACCGGAACCAGAACCAGAGCACUGUGAAAUCAAAGUGAAACGUUCGCCCAGUCCCUGUGGCGGUGCAUUCUCCAUGGAACGUUUGCUGGGCAAACGUAAGCGUCACAAUAGCAACACCUCCGCCUCUUCAACCGCCUCCGCUCCAAUUGCUCCAACCAGUAGCACCACCACCAACUCCAACUCCUGCAAUUCCGUCCCGGAGACAAGCAUCAAAAUGGAACUGGAGCUGGAUAGCAGCGAUAGCAUUGAUCCUAGUCCAAGCCAUCUAGUUACAGCCAGUGGUGCGGCCACCUGCAUGGAUUUGUCGACACCGCAAAUUAGAAAACAUCAUCAACAACACCAUCAUCACUUACCCAGCGAACCCAGCAAUUCACCAUGUGGUGGCAUGCUACCACUGCCACUUGCCACCAAUCUGGGCUCACAUUCGCCGCCAGCGCCAUCUUUGCUCUUUGGUCUCGAUCUGGAGGAGCAGCAUCAUAUACGUCUCCUGCAGACGCAAAUGUUUGCCGCCGCUGCAGCUGCUGCUGCCGUCCAACCGCCUGGCUUGACGGGCAUUCCACAUCCUGUGGACGCUGCCGUCGCUGCAUCCUCGCCACCGCCACCAAAUGCCCCACCCCCACAUAUGUGGAGUCUGCUCUCUGAAGUCUAUCGCUCAAUGUUGCUCAAGACGCAGCAGCAGCAACAACAUCAGCAGCAGCAGCAACAGCAGCAGCAGCAGCAGCAACAACAACAACAGCCACCUACCAAUGCCGCCAUCUCAGUCUAAGCAAUAUCGAUUUGUUCAGAUAUAUAAUAUAGAUAUAUCUCUCUUGUUUCUGUUUCUUUGUUGGUCAUUUAAUGGCCUGGCAUGGCAAAUUUUAGCUUCCCUCUCUCUGUCUCUGUCUCUGUCUCUCUCUCCCUCUGUCUAUACUGCUCGCACUUGUGUUAUAUAUAUUAUUAUUAUUAUAAUUUUC